UUUCUUCUGUUUUAGCGGGUCCAAGCCGCCGCCAUAGGCUUAACGGGUAGGCCCAAAGUUCCAACCUUUUGCUUCGUCCAAGCUGCCAUCUUCCACGUUUUGAUUCGAUCCUACUUUUUCACACUUGUCUUCAACCUCUCCAUUCGCCAACUGAUCCUCUUACAUCUCCAUCUCUCUCUCUCACAAGCAACCCCAAUGGCGGAAUCCAAACCUGGACCAGCUCAAGCUCCACCUGAUAAGGAAGUAAAGGCGCCUAAUUUGAUUGAAAGAGCAAAGGAAGAGACGGGGGCAGUGUUGCACACUGACAAAACACAUCAUGAUCAUAAGGAAACUCAUGGAUUGCAUGACGAUAUCGAUGAGAAAACCCCACUGGACGAUGUCAAAGCUCCGAAUAUGUUCGAGAGGGCGAAGGAGGAGUUUGAGGCCAUAGUUGAAGCAAUCCAUCCCAAGCAAGAGUCUCCCACUUAUGGAAAAAUGGACGAAAGCAAAAAGGACUCGAAGAAACAGGAAAAAGCUGAUUCUCUACCCGGAAAUCAUGCCAAGACAUCCAAUUUGAUUGAUAAAGCCAAGCAAAAGAUUGAGACAUUGAUGCACCAUGAGAAGUCGCCAAAGAAUCAUGAUAACGAAACUCCUGAGAAGUCACCGAAGUAUCAUACUAAAGAAACUCAUGGAAGGAGUGAUGACAUUGACGAGAGUAUCCCAACCGAUCAUGUUAAGGCUCCGAAUGUUUUUGAAAGAGCGAAGGAGGAAAUCGAGGCCAUUGUCGAAGCAAUCCAUCCCAAGAAAGAAGAGAAAACUUCGGUUUCCACUCCUAAGAAGGAAGGUGGGUUUGGGACUUAAUAGGAAGAGAGUUGGAGAAGAUGUGCUCCCCUCAUGGGAACAAAGAUAUAGGUGUGAAUAUUUUGUCAAAGUUGUGAUGCUUCAUCGUCAUUCUUUUCUGCCCGAUGACAAAUCAGGAUAUACAUGUAAAAUUGUGAGAUCAUUUGAUUACUCAAGUUUCUUUAUGGAAUUUAUGUGCAUUCUAUA